CACCCUCCCCCAACACACCCUCCCCCAGCACACCCUCCCCCAGCACACCCUCCCCCUGCACACCCUCCCCCUGCACACCCUCCCCCUGCACACCCUCCCCCAGCACACCCUCCCCCAGCACACCCUCCCCCAGCACACUCUCCCCCAGCACACCCUCCCCCAACACACCCUCCCCCAGCACACCCUCCCCCAACACACCCUCCCCCAGCACACCCUCCCCCUGCACACCCUCCCCCAGCACACCCUCCCCCAGCACACCCUCCUCCUACACACCCUCCCCCAGCACACUCUCCCCCAGCACACCCUCCCCCAGCACACCCUCCCCCCCCUCCCCCAACACACCCUCCCCCAGCACACCCUCCCCCUGCACACCCUCCCCCAGCACACCCUCCCCCAGCACACCCUCCUCCUACACACCCUCCCCCAGCACACCCUCCCCCUGCACACCCUCCCCCCUGCACACCCUCCCCCAGCACACCCUCCCCCAACACACCCUCCCCCAGCACACCCUCCCCCAGCACACCCUCCCCCAGCACACCCUCCCCCCUGCACCACCCUCCCCCAGCACACCCUCCCCCAGCACACCCUCCUCCUACACACCCUCCCCCAGCACACCCUCCCCCAGCACACCCUCCCCCCCCUCCCCCAGCACACCCUCCCCCUGCACACCCUCCCCCUGCACACCCUCCCCCUGCACACCCUCCCCCAGCACACCCUCCCCCUGCACAACCUCCCCCUGCACACCCUCCCCCAGCACACCCUCCCCCAGCACACCCUCCCCCAGCACACCCUCCCCCUGCACACCCUCCCCCAACACACCCUCCACCUACACACCCUCCCCCAGCACACCCUCCCCCAGCACACCCUCCCCCCCCUCCCCCUGCACACCCUCCCCCUGCACACCCUCCCCCAGCACACCCUCCCCCAGCACACCCUCCUCCUACACACCCUCCCCCAGCACACCCUCCCCCUGCACACCCUCCCCCUGCACACCCUCCCCCUGCACACCCUCCCCCCCCUCCCCCAGCACACCCUCCCCCAGCACACCCUCCCCCUACACACCCUCCCCCAGCACACCCUCCCCCUGCACACCCUCCCCCUGCACACCCUCCCCCAGCACACCCUCCCCCAGCACACCCUCCCCCUACACACCCUCCCCCAACACACCCUCCCCCUGCACACCCUCCCCCAGCACACCCU